GUGGCCGCGGCGGCGGCGCGAGACAGCGGCGGGAGCCAUGAAGCUGAACGUGGACGGGCUCCUGGUGCUCUUCCCCUACGAGUUCAUCUACCCCGAGCAGUUCUCCUACAUGCUGGAGCUCAAGCGCACGCUGGACGCCAAGGGUCACGGGGUGCUGGAGAUGCCGUCGGGGACGGGCAAGACGGUGUCGCUGCUCGCCCUGAUCGUGGCGUACCAGAGGGCUCACCCCCUGGACGUCUCCAAGCUGAUCUACUGCUCCCGCACCGUGCCCGAGAUCGAGAAGGUGGUGGAGGAGCUGCGGAAGCUUCUGGAAUGUUACGAGCGGGACCUGGGGGAGCCCCUGCCCUUCCUGGGGCUGGCGCUGAGCUCCCGAAAGAAUCUCUGCAUCCACCCCCAGGUGUCGGCGCUGAGGUUCGGGAAGGAGAUCGACAGCCGCUGCCUGGCCCUGACGGCCUCGUACCUGAGGGAUCCCCCCGAGGGAUCCCGGCCCAGCUGCUCCUUCUUCCAGGAAUUCGAGGCUCGGGGCCGGCAGAGCCCCCUCCCCUUUGGGGUUCACAACCUGGACGAUCUCCGGACCCUCGGCCGCCAGCGCGGCUGCUGCCCCUAUUUCCUGGCCCGCUCCUCGCUGGCCCACGCCAACGUGGUGGUGUACAGCUACCACUACCUGCUGGACCCCAAAAUCGCCGGGCUGGUGUCGGCCGAGCUCGCCCGUUCCUCGGUCGUGGUGUUCGAUGAAGCUCACAACAUCGAUAACGUUUGUAUCGAGGCCAUGGGAGUGACCAUCACACGCCGGACGCUCGAUCGGUGCCAGGGCAACGUGGGGACGCUGCAGAGCGCGGUGCAGAGGAUGAAGGAGACGGAUUCCCGGCGCCUGGCUGACGAGUACCGGCGCCUGGUUCAGGGGCUGCGCGAGGCCGGCGCCGCCCGCGACUCCGACCUGCUCCUGGCCAACCCCGUCCUGCCCGACGAGAUCCUGCAGGAGGCCAUUCCGGGCAGCAUCCGCACUGCUGAGCACUUUGUGGGGUUCCUGCGGCGUUUGGUCGAGCACCUGCGGGCGCAGCUGAGGGGACCCCGCGUGCAGCAGCUCAGCCCCCCGGCCUUCCUGAGGGAGCUGAGGGACAGGGUCUGCAUCGACCGCAAACCCCUCAGGUUCUGUGCCGAGCGCCUGCACUCCCUGCUCCGAACCCUCGCCCUCCCCGACGUCGCCGACUUCUCCCCCAUCACCCUCGUGGCCAACUUUGCCACCCUGGUCAGCACCUACAGCAAAGGUUUCACCAUCAUCAUCGAGCCCUUCGAUGACCGCACCCCGAGCAUCUCCAACCCCGUGCUGCACUUCAGCUGCCUGGACGCCUCCAUCGCCAUCAGACCCGUGUUCGAGCGCUUCCAGUCCGUCAUCGUCACCUCGGGGACUUUGUCCCCCCUGGAAUUUUAUCCCAAAAUCCUGGGAUUCCGCCCCGUUACCAUGGCAACCUUCAGCAUGACCCUGGCACGGGACUGCCUCUGCCCCAUGAUCGUGGGCCGAGGCAAUGACCAGGUGGCCAUGAGCUCCAAAUUCGAAACCCGAGAGGACAUCGCUGUGAUCAGGAAUUAUGGGCAGCUGCUCCUGGAACUCUCGGCCGUGGUCCCCGAUGGUCUCGUGGCGUUUUUCACCAGCUACGUUUACCUGGAGACCACCGUGGCCUCGUGGUACGAGCAGGGCAUCCUGGAGAACAUCCAGAGGAACAAACUCCUCUUCAUCGAGACCCAGGACGGGGCUGAGACCAGCGUGGCCCUGGAGAAGUACCAGGAGGCCUGCGAGAACGGCCGUGGGGCCGUGCUGCUCUCGGUGGCGCGGGGAAAAGUGUCCGAGGGCAUCGAUUUCGUCCAUCACUACGGCCGGGCCGUGAUCAUGUUCGGGGUCCCCUACGUUUACACCCAGAGCAGAAUCCUCAAGGCCCGUCUGGAAUUCCUUCGGGAGCAGCUCCAGGUGCGCGAGGGUGAAUUCCUGACCUUCGACGCCAUGAGACACGCGGCGCAGUGCGUGGGGAGAGCCCUGAGGGGCAAGAGCGACUACGGCCUCAUGGUGUUCGCUGACAAGCGUUUUUCCCGCUGGGACAAGCGUGGGAAGCUCCCGCGCUGGAUCCAGGAGCGGCUCCCGGACUCUCAGCUCAACCUCACCGUGGACGAGGCCGUGCAGGCGGCCAAGAGAUUCCUGCGGGAGAUGGCCCAGCCCUUCCGCCAGGAGGACCAGCUGGGGCUGUCGCUGCUGACGUGGGAUCAGCUCCAGGCCGGGGAGGUUCUGCAGCGGAUCCAGGGGAUCGCCCAGCAGCUCUGAGGGGAUCCACCCCCGGGAUCCACCCCCGGGAUCCACCCCCGGGAUCCACCCCCGGGAUCCACCCCCGGGAUCCACCCCCGGGAUCCACCCCCGGGAUCCACCCCCGGGAUCCAUCCCCGGGAUCCACUGCAGGAGGAACUGGAGCCCUGAGGGAGCGCCGGGGGGAGACUGGAUCCCUCUGGGGGGGAUCUGGAGCCGCAAAAAGCACCAGGGCGGGACUGGAUCCCUUUGGGGUGGGGAUCUGGAGCCCCCCAGGUGGGAUCUGGAGCCCCAAAGUUCUGGAGUGGGACUGGAUCCCUUUGGGGAGGGGAUCUGGAUCCCUCUGGGGGGGAUCUGGAGCCCCAAAAAGCACCAGGGAGGGACUGGAUCCCUUUGGGGGGUGGGGAUCUGGGUCCCUCUGGGUGGGAUCUGGAUCCACUCAGGUGGGAUCUGGACCCCCCCAGAACAGCAGAGCGGGACUGGAUCCCUUUGGGGGGGGGAUCUGGGCCCCCCUGGGUGGGAUCUGGAGCCCCCCAAAGUCUUGGAGCGGGACUGGAUCCCUUUGGGGAGGGAUCUGGGCCCCUCUGGGGGGGAUCUGGAUCCACUCAG